UUAAUUUACACCAUGCCCUAACCACAGCAGGAAGGCAAGAUAACCACAUCGUGUCAUUAGAAAUCAAGGGUAGUGAGUCAAGAGGCAGCAGCACGACCCUGCAAGCCCGGCUCAUGACGCGCGAGAGGGGGUGAGACUCAGCGCGUGGUGUCACCGUGGGAACCGGGAGACUGACAGGCGGGCAGGGGAGGGGCGCACGCCACUGUGUGAGUGGACUCUCUCCCUGGCACAUACCCGUCCACUCACUGUCUCUCCUCUGAAUCAUUCAUUCGGCAUUAUAAAGGACCGUUAGCAGGCAGCGGAUGGUGCUCGUUAAGCGCUAGGACUGUGCUGAUAGUGAUGAUGGAAGGACAGUGCAGCCGCUGUAAGAUCGUGGUGGUCGGUGACACUCAGUGUGGAAAAACGGCGCUGCUGCAUGUGUUCGCCAAGGACAACUACCCAGAGAAUUACGUACCCACAGUGUUUGAGAACUACACAGCGAGCUUUGAGAUCGACAAGCACCGCAUUGAGCUGAACAUGUGGGACACAUCAGGGUCCUCGUAUUAUGAUAAUGUACGGCCCCUGGCGUAUCCAGACUGUGAUGCUGUGCUUAUCUGUUUUGAUAUCAGCAGACCGGAGACGCUGGACAGCAUUCCUAAGAAGUGGCAGGUGGAGGCUCAAGAGUAUUGUCCUAAUGCAAAGUUGGUGUUGGUUGGCUGUAAGUUGGAUAUGAGAACAGAUGUCAGCACCUUACGAGAAUUGUCCAAACAGAGACUCAUACCUGUCACUCAUGAACAGGGGAGUUCACGAGCACGCGAGCUGGGCGCAGUUGCGUACGUCGAAUGUUCGUCCCGAAUGUGCGUGAACAGCGUCCGAGACGUGUUUCACAUCACCACGCUGGUGUCCGUCAGACGUGAGGCCAUCCCGAGCCUGAAAAGGAGCUCCUCUCGCCGCGCUCUCAAGCGCAUAUCUAAUCAGCCGCUGCUGCCAGUCAGCUCACAAGCCACGCCCCUUGAACCCACCCCGACCCUCAGGGAGGACAGAGCCAAGAGCUGCACCAUCAUGUAGACUAAUGCACACACGGUCACAGCGGUGUGUGUGUGUGUGUGAAUGAAAAGAGAGACAGAUUCUCUGUAUUUAUGGGAGAGUCAUAUUGUCCCAUAUAUGGCCCAUGGGAUUGUACAGCUGUGUGAAUACAUUAUACAGAGGAGUUCUAUUUAUUAACUUCAAGUUUGCUUUUAUUUUUAUCAUUGUGGUAUUGCUUAGCAGACCUAAGUGUCACAAACUGUCUAAAGCUGAUGCAAAAAGAAUAAAAAAAAGGUUUGGAAUUUUUUGUGUGGGCAACUUCAAUAUUUACGUUUACUGAAAACAGUGUCAUGGUUUUGUUUUGUCACUUGGGACAUUCUUCUCUAGAGAUCACAGAUCUGUGGUGAGCUCAGUUGUGUGGAAGUAAAUCCCUGGAAUUCUGGAGUUCUGAGAAUCUUUCCCCAGCAUUAGCCAUGAUUAGCAUUAGCGUUAGCCGAACAAAGACAUCUGUGACUUCUGCUGUUCGCUCCUUUACAUGUGUGACAGCACCAUCAGUCAUGCUCUGUGACAUUACAAAGACUUCAUUCACACUAUAGUGAAACACCAACGCAAAUGCUGUCUAAGGAUAGACAUAUUUUUGUGAGCCUAAACUUCUGUAGUCGCAAGCAAAGUUUGCGUUUUCUAGGUUACAUGCAAGUUAAAGGGACAGUUCACCCAAAAAUGAAGACUGUGUCAUUAUUUCAUCACCCUCAUGUCAUUUCCAAACCUGUAUGACUUUCACUGUGUGUAUUAAAGCAAACUGGGACAUUUUUCAGAGUAUUUAAUUGUGUGAAUCACCGAGAAAAGUAAAAUCAUAAAAUUUGGAACA